CAGUCACAUAGUGACUGCAAGGUUGAUAGUUUAUAUAAUAAUAAAAUAAAAAAUUAUUACACCAACAUACCAUAUAACGAAUAUUAAAUAUCAACUUCAAAGAGCUGUUAUGUAUAAAAAAAAAAUAAUAACAUUCGCACUUUCCAGUACAACCCAUUUCGCGAUUCAAUCCUGCGUGUAUUUUCAACUGAUAACGACGGCACUAUGAGUUUCGAUGAUUUGAUUGAUUUGUUCUCAGUGAUGUCGGAAAAUUGCCCCGGUGACGUAAAAGCCGCCUGGGCGUUCAAAAUUUUUGAUUUUGAUGAAGAUAACCAGCUGUCUCUGAAUGAUUUGAUAAAAGUUGUAGAAAGACUAACAGGAUUAAAGAACAGCGAGCCGAGAAUUGACCGCAAAAGCUCAAAAUUUAUCGCACAAGUGAUUAUUCAAGAAUUGGAUCUGGUGAUGAACGGCAGUGUUGGUGUUCAAGAAUUUGUACACACUGUAUCGAGAAUGCCGGAGUUUGCACAUACGUUUAGAAUAAAAAUUUAA